UGGUUCUGUUGAUUAACAAAAAAAAAAAAACAAUGUGAUAAUAUAAACAAUUAUAACAUUCCAUUAUCUGUUUUUCACGAAAAAAUCAAGUUGAAUUAUUAUUACACAAAUUGUUGUUAAAUAAUUAGAUAGAUUGUCAAAUUGAAAUAAAAAUAAUGAAACAAGUAAAAACCAUUGACAUACUUAACCCUGAUUGUCUUGGUAAAAUAUUUUUACACCUUCAACCAGAUGAAAAAAAUAAAGUAAACAAAGUGUGUAAAAAAUGGAGUUUUGCUAAUAAAUUUGCUUGGAAUAAAAUCAAAACAUUGAACUCAUGUGAUAGAAAAUUAUUCCAGUAUUUUGUCAGCAAUGAAAUUAGCCAAUUUGAUGUCAAUGAGAUGUUGAAAAGAUGUGGUGAAUCCUUGGAAGUAUUGACACUGACAAAUAAUUGUGAUUCAACUAUCAUGACAGCUGUCAGUAAACAUUGUGUUAAUCUAAAAAAAUUGGUACUCAUUCUAAAAGAUUAUCAUCCUGAUAAUUUUAAAACUGCUUUCUCAAAAAUGACAAAGCUAGAAUCGAUUGACAUUAAAAAGCUGGAUGACACAUGGUUUAAAAAUAUUGCAUCACAUGAUAAUGUCUUCCAGAGUGUUACCAGCAAUAUCAAAGAAAUUUCUCUCAAUGCUAAUUAUGAUAAAUGGCUAUUUUUCACUGAUAAUUUUACCUCAACGCUUGGAAGAUUUGAUGAGCUUGUAUCAAUUAAGCUAGAAAAAUGUCAUCUAGACAACAACAUGAUGAAUAUUUUAUUACAAAAAAAGUCAAUAAAACAAUUGAGUUUAAUUUCGUGUAAAUUUGAUCCUGAAAAAUUUUACACAAUGAAUUUGAUUAACUUGGAAUAUUUAAAUUUGUCAUUUUCAAUUAACAUCAAUGACAUACUCAUUACAAGUGCAUCAAGAAAUUGUGAAAGAUUAAAAUACUUGAAUUUAAGCAGCUGCAUGUCAUUGUCAAAAAAUGCAUUGUUAAAUAUUCGAAAUUUUGAAAAUAUUGAAGAGUUAUAUAUUAAUAAUUUGGAUAAUAUUGAUGACAAUGUUUUGUAUGAUUUUCGUAGUUUAAAAAUAUUAGAAUGUGAGGGUUGUAAAGAUAUUACAGAUGUUGGAAUAAUGAGAGUUGUAUUACAAAAUUAUAAAAAACUUGAAAGAUUAGGUCUUGGUAAAAGUGGAAUUACUGAUGAGACAAUAAGUUGUGUUAAUGAUGUUACAAAAAGACGUGAUCCAAAAUUUAAUUUGUAUAUAACUGCAAGUGAGGAUGUUGUUAAUAGUUAUUAUAAAGUUAAUGACACUUCAGAGUAUUUAAUUAUUAAAAAAUUAAUUGAUUAUUAAUAUUGUCAAUGACACAAUGUUAUUAAUUUUUUUUUUUUUAUAAAUAAUUAUUGUAAAGUUUGUUAUAAAAACAGGUUACAGAUUGAACAAUUAUAGACUUGAAAGAAAAUAUUU